UAACGCUGUGAGUGCCGUGUACAUGCCCUGCCCCCCGCCUCUGUUGCUCCUGCCCAGAGGCAGGCUGUCGACUAUUCAAUAACGGCGCUCUACAUUGGACACGGUCGUUUCGCACUGAGCCAAUCGGCGUCACCCUAUUCACAACAUGGCGGCGCUCCUUGAUCUGGUACUGGCUUGGUCCCGCCAUGUUGGCCUUCAUUUCGGCCCGCCAGGCCGGUCUCGACGAUCCGCUGCGGUUGCGCCGGGCUGAGUCCACCCGGAGGGUACUAAGCUUGGAGUUAAACAAAGAUAGAGAUGUGGAAAGAAUCCAUGGAACUGGUGUUAACACCCUGGAUAUUGAACCUGUUGAGGGAAGAUACAUGUUAUCAGGUGGGUCAGAUGGUGUUAUUGUACUUUAUGACCUUGAAAACUUCAGCAGAAAACCAUGUUAUACAUGUAAAGCAAUUUGUUCUGUGGGCAGGAGCCAUCCUGAUGUACACAAAUUCAGUGUAGAGACGGUUCAAUGGUAUCCUCGUGACACUGGCAUGUUUACAUCAAGCUCAUUUGAUAAAACACUGAAAAUAUGGGAUACAAACACAUUACAACCUGCAGAUGUGUUUAAUUUUGAGGGAACAGUUUAUUGCCAUCAUAUGUCUCCAGUUGCUACCAAGCAUUGCUUAAUAGCAGUUGGUACCAAAAGCCCCGAAGUACAGCUUUGUGACUUGAAGUCAGGAUCCUGUUCUCAAAUUCUGCAGGGUCACAGACAGGAAGUGCUGGCAGUGACCUGGUCCCCACGUUAUGAGUAUGUCUUGGCAACUGCAAGUGCUGACAGUAGAGUAAAACUCUGGGAUGUGAGGAGAGCAUCUGGAUGUCUGAUUACUCUUGAUCAGUACAAUGGGGAGAAGUCAAAAGCAUCUUCUGAAGCAGCAAACACUGCUCAUAAUGGAAGAGUUAAUGGCUUAUGCUUUACAAGUGAUGGACUUCAUCUUCUGACUAUUGGUACAGAUGACCGGAUGAGACUCUGGAAUAGUUCCAGUGGGGAAAACACAUUGGUGAACUAUGGGAAAGUCUGUAAUGAAAGCAGAAAAGGACUAAAAUUCACCAUCUCUACUGGCUGUGAUCCAGAAUUUGCGUUUGUACCAUAUGGUAGCACCAUUGCUGUUUAUACAAUCUACUCAGGAGAACUGAUAACUAUGCUUAGGGGACAUUAUAGUACUGUUGACUGCUGUGUAUUUCAGCCUAAUUUUCAGGAACUAUAUAGUGGUAGCAAAGAUUGCAAUAUCCUUGCGUGGGUUCCAGCUCUACGAGAGCCAAUGCCUGAUGAAGAUGCUGAAAAGAUGGUCUCCAACUUGUCCCCCAUCUUCCAAGCUGGGCUCCCUCUGCUUUGUGGCUGGGACAGGAGCUGCUGCAGCCUGACAAGGAGCCUUCCUGCAGGUAGGAGGCAGACCCAGUAAGCAGGAGCUGGUGUGGGUUAAUGACCUGGCAUCUUCCCCUACCCCGCAGUAAUACUGGAGUUUUGGUGUCCGGUCAGUGCAUCUGACCAGACACUGCCAGGUCCCUUUUUUGACUAGACUUUCCAGUCUAAUACCAGGCAUCUGGCAACCCUAAAUGGCUCCCGGACAAGAAGCCAAAAACCAGACUGUCUGGCUAAAAUCCGGGCAGGUGGCAACCCUACUUUUGCUUUCUCCUCCUGAAAGAGUGUUUGCUAGGACUUUUCUCCUGCACAGAGUCUCUCCCCGUGCACUGUAGCAUGCUCACUGUCCCUCUCCCACCCUGCAGCAUGUCUAGGCAUGCGGAGAAGUCUCUCCCUCCUGUGCAGCCCUGCCUCAGACUGCAGCCUCAUGGGAAUUGGCUGCAUGGACUAUCUGCCUUUCAGCCCAAGGAUUUUCACUCUGCCAGGAAAGUGGCGUAGAUCUGAGGCAGCAGCAGAAUGGGAAUUUUGCCCUCUGAGCAUCAGCCAUAAACCAUGCUGUGCCAUGAAAAGGGGCUCAGACUCUGAAAGGUAGGGAAGGGUCUCUCAAUGCCCCUUCCCAGCUCCACAGUGUGGCUCCACGUUAAAGCCUUGAGCACUUCAGGCAGUCUGUGACCAGAACAGAGACACCUUUGUGGGAUUACAUAAGGGUACAUGAGAAAUCCCUUCGCAUGUUCAGAAUGAUACUGAUUUCCUCAGUAUAGCUCCAAGUGGUACUAGAUUACUCAUAUAGUACUUACUAACUAGGAGGAGCAGGCAAACAAUCUUUCAAGCUUCUGGGACAUCUAACAACUAUUUUCUGAACUGAGGGAUGUAUAACAAUAUCACUCUAUUGUACAGUCCCCAGAUCAGGAUGAAUAAUGUACCACUUGCCCCUAUAAGCAGAUGGGGAAGAAGAGAAAAAGGCAUUGCCCGCACACACACACAAACCAAAAAAAUCCAGCAGAACUUUUCCAGGACCAGAUGGAUGUCUCUUAGUGGCCUGGAAGAAACUUUUUAUUAAUAGAUCUUUCUUUUUGAGCAUUAUGAUGAUGCAUGUUUUCCCACUGAUACCUCCAAAGAAGGAGAGCAAAAUGAGGAUACCUGAUUAAACCAAGUCUUAAACUAAAAUGUGUUUUUAUAUUUAUAUUAGGGCUGUCAAUUAAUCACAGUUAAUGCAUGCAAUUAAUUCAAAACAAAUUAACUAGAUUAAAAAUAUAGUUGUGAUUAAGCACAGUUUUAAUCACACUGUUAAUAGAAUACCAAUUUAAAUUUAUUAUACAUUUUUUUUGAUCUUUUUCUACAUUUUCAAAUAUAUUAAUUUCAGUUACGACAAAGAAUACAAAGUAUACAGCGCUCGCUUUAUAUUAUUUUUUAUUACAAAUAUUUGCACUGUAAAAAGAUAAAAGAAAUAGUAUUCUUCAGUUCACCUCAUAUGAGUCCACUCAGUUCUUCUUGUUGAGCCUGUCGCUAAGACAAACAAGUUUGUUUACAUUUAUGGGAGAUAAUGCUGCCUGCCUCUUAUUUACAAUGUCACCUGAAAAUGAGAACAAGUGUUCACAUGGCAUUGUUGUGGCUGCUGUUGCAUGGUAUUUACAUGCCAGAUAUGCUAAACGUUCGUAUGCCCCUUCAUGCUUUGUCUUGUAGGCUCUUUGUUUUUGAGUGCAGUCAUAUAAAAGGUAAGUUGCACUUUCAUGAUACUGAUUGCAUUACAGUACUUCUGCAGUGGCAUGGGGAAAAGGAUCUGAAGCAGAAGCUUCCAAGGAAAUCUAGAUCAAUAUUCCUCGAAACCAACAAAAUCCUCAGCAUAACUAAAUCCUUCUUUCUGAUUCACCCUCUGCAUCCAGAGUCCUAAGUGGCUGGUUGUAAUCACAAGAAGAGACAGCGCACAAACCACAGCAUGCAGUGCUACAACCUAUACUCUGGAUUGUCUCCAAGCACAAGACUUUGCAAUAACACCAGGAAAAGCUCCCCGAUUCCUUAGACAAACAUAAUUCACCUAGGAGUGGAGAUACACUUCAGUGACAAGAUCCACCCAUCUAGGUUCCAGAUGAUCCAAGAUAUGAUAUCCGUGCUGGACAAAUGCAUAAGGCCAACCAUAGUUCAGAGUCUCUAUCCACUGGGCCUUCUGCUCUCGUACACAUGGGUCUCCCGAAGGACUAGGUCACACAUCUGGUGUCUCCCGGCCUUUCUUAGGAGUAUGGGACCAUUCCUUGGAGUGAAUGCAAGACCACUUUCCAGUUCCAAACCAGGUGCUGGAAUCCCCUAAAUAAUGGAUAGUCUCAGAGAACAUCCACAGGGAUCUUCCCAUAUACCUUCCAGGCCUGUUGCUUCUCACAACAUAUGCCAGGCUGAAGAGUGGGGGAGUGUUUCCGGGAUCCAGAACAGCAUAGUGCAUCAGGAGGGCAACCAUGUCUUGGUUCAGCCAGGUAACCACGACUGCAUACAUAAACAACCGAAGGGGAACAAGGAGUGUAGAAGUGAUGGAAACAAUGAAAAGACAAAGAAGAUUCUCCCUUCCCUAAAGGUGAUACAUAUAAAAGGGAGAGCUAAACCUAAAGGCAGACUGGCUCCGCAGAUGCAAAGUCAACUACUCAGUGUGAUGCCUGCACCAGGAAGUCUUCACUCUGAUCUUGCAGACUUUCGGUCUCCCUUCAGUUGACCUGUUUGUCAAUUUCAGGAAGACAAAAUGGCCAAAAUUCUUUACCUAGCAAGCAGACCCCACGGGGACAUAUGCUGUGUUGCACAGAUGGCCGCAAGGCCUGCUACACACAUUCCCAUCCUUUCGUCUUCUAGGGAAGGUGAUCCAAACAUAAGGCAAGAAGAAGGAAGGGAGACAGUGCUAACUACAUACCAACCAAGGAGACCCUAGUACUCUGAUUUAGUAGAAUUAAAGCUGGAACCACUGUUGCAGCUUUUGGCAAGACCCAACAUCUUUUUUUCCCAAGACCCAUUUGUCCACCCAGACCCAGAUAGUCUUCAACAGGCAGCUUGGCUAUUGAAAGAGGGAAGCAUUAGCUGCUCUCAGCCAGUCUUCUAAAAUGAUCAGGACUCUUCUCUCAUCCAGGAGAGCUUCCACACUAAAACCUGCUCCUACAAAUUCAGUUCAUGAUGCAGGAGCACAGCAGAGGUCCAAGGGAUCCUAGGAUUCUGGCCACUCUGGACUUCCUUCAGGAAUAUGUGGAUAAAGGUCUUUUGCUCAGCACUGUAGCCUACCAGCCGCCAGCCGUAAGUAGUGUAUGAUUUACAGGAUCCGUGGGCUCCUUGGCAGAACCCUCAGGUAUGCAGAUUUGUCAGAGCAAUCAGACUGGCCAAACCAGUGGUCAGACCGAUCUUCCCUAAGUGGGAACUACCACUGGUGUUGAAAGCCCUAACCACCCAACCACCCUUUGAGCCUCUGACUAUUUGUUCUGCCCAUGGCCACAGCACCUGACCAAGAAGCAGUGGCACACCCUAGGUGUCAGAAGAGCACUGAAUAUUUAUAUCAAGCAUACAGAAUGCUCAAGGAGAUCGGGCUGUUUUCAUUUCCUUUCAUCCCGAGGUGCCAAGGCUUAGUAUCUAAGCUAUCCCAUACCAAGUGGAUCGGACUGUACAUUGCUGAGGCAUACAAGUCAUUCAGCGUGCCGGUUCUGGAAAAUGAAAGUGCAUUCUACAAGAUCCAUGGCAACCUCAUGGGCCAAAAGAGAGGCACUUCUACAACAGAGAUCUGUGGAGCAGCCACGUGAUCAUUGGCUAAUGCCUCUAUCAGACACUAUAGGGUGGAGUUUCUGCAUCCACAGAGGCCUUUGGCAGGAAGGUGCUGCAGGUGGUGGUCCAGACAUAACCUGGCCAUUUGAACAAUUCAAAAAGUGGGGUAUAUCCUAUUUAUGUUCACUUCUCUGUCCCUCCCUAUUCCAGUUCACUGCAUGCUACUUCUCAUACAUAUCUGAAUUGUGGGAGAUACUUGGUUGCAGAAUGGAAAAUUUCUUACCCAGUAAUUUUCUGUCUGCUAACAGGAUCAUCCCCAAUUAUACCCUGCUGGAUGGCUUCACAACCAGGAGUCAGCAUUUUAUUUGGAUAGUCACCAUGUAGGCAGUGGCCUACUGUACAUAAUUCAUUAAUUCACUGAAGUUGUUAAUUUUCUAAGAGCUUUCUCACAGCUGUGGAAUGAAUCAUCUGGCAGCAAGCAGGAGAAGGUGUGUGGCUAUUACAGGCUCUCCUGCAGCUUUGAACUGCCUCUGCAAAUUGUAGACAGGAAGGGAAUAGCCCAUAUGUAACAGAAUUGUGGGAGAUGCUGUUAGCAGAAAAGAAAUUACUGGGUAAGAAAUUUUCCAUUCCAAUCCAUGUGUCAGAAAUCAUGUGACUAAGUCGGUCAUAUGCAGGAUACUACUAUCUUUCAUAAUGUACUCUUCUAAUCUGUUUGUUUAUAGGAUGGACAACCAUCAGCUUCAAAAAUGCUGUAAAAAUCAGAGAAAAUUAUUAGUUUAUAUUCAGAUAGUAAUGUAAGAAAUGACUUGAGUAGUGACCUUAAUUUAGUUCUUAAUAAUUACAUAUUUUAUUAAAUCAUAAUUAAAUUUUAAUGAUUUCACUCACUUUUCAAAAAGCAAACUAUUGAAAAAAAAUCUCUUAUCUUCUACUUCAGCAACACUUAAAUCCAGCAUUUGAAGAUGGAUGGAGCAGCAGUGAUGAUGAAGGAUGAAUCUCAAUUAGCUGUUGAUAUAAAACUGACAUUCAUGCACCGUGUUUGUGAAGAAAGGACUUUAUCUGCAGAAUUGAACAAGUAUUUGUCAUCAGCUUCUUUGUAGAGUUCCUUAAAGCUCAGGCUUUCAGAAAUGAGAUUUUCUUGGAAAGUUACUUUCUUGUACUGUCUUAAUGUUUCUUCUGUGUUAUUACUAUAUUUUGAAAUUGUAUUCUUUUAUUUCACCUGGCCUUCUCACUCUCUUCCCAUCCACCCCCGCCACCCCCAAACUUUAGGCAAAGCAAUUUGGUAUAUUGUACCUAGUUGUUGAGCUGCAUAUUAAGAAAAGCAAAAUUUCUGAUGAUCAGAUGCUAGUACACCCCGUCUCUCUUCUGGUGUCACUAAAAUAGUGAGGACUGAUGAUUCCUUCUAUUUUCAGGGGAUCUAAAUGGGGCAGAUUGAGACUAGAUGAGUGUGGAGAGGAGCUGGGAUGUGUAAGUCCCAGUUCCUUUUGUAUUAUCCCCAUUUUACAGGUGCCUCUCCAUAGGUGCAUUAUGGAAUCCAGCUUCCUCAGUUAGAAUUGAGGCAUUAUCUAUAUAGGUAUUUAUAUAGCCCCCAUCAAUUUAAUAUCUAACCCCAUCCCAGGUAUUUAAAAAUAGAAGCAAAUUACAUGGAAUAAGAUCUUAUUGGUCCUGUUAAGGUGAUCAUAAGAUCAGUGGGCAUCCUCUGCUGCAUGAACCCCCCACCUCCCCCCCGCCCCAAGUGGAGGGGAGAAUUCAUGGAUAGCGGCAGGCAAACACUGAAUGGACUUGGCUUCUGUGACAGCCAAAGAGUCAGGAGGAGGAGGAGAAAGGGAAACCUAGUGCUGAGUCACUGGGCUUCUGCCAAUGUGCUGUGACUUAGGAGGUUGAACCUCCUGCCUGUUCUGGGUGUGCAAGAGCUGCUCUCCCUUUCUCAACAAGACGACUGAGAGGAAUCUCAGCAAGCUGAGAGUCUCCUGUCUGUGCUGGGUGUGUUUUCCCUCUUUUGGUUAUAAUGUAGCCUUAUGGAUUUAAUAAACCUCAAGUCAGAAGAAAAAUUUGAAUAAAAUGGAAAUGUAAAAAACA